CCCGGGCCCCGAGACGAAGGAGUCGUUCUUUCACCAACCACAAAGCCCCUUGCCCCUAGGAAGGCGGCAACUUUCGGCGACAAAGAUUGGAUAUUCGACACGGGGGCGACAUCACACGUCUGCAGUAAUCGAACACUAUUGCACCGCUACAGCAGCCUGAAUCCUUACACGAACAGGUCUCACGCGCAGGCGGUGGCUCAUUUCGGCCCUAAUCCGAUACCCAUCGUGGGCAUUGGCGAUGCCACGCUGUCUCUACCUGCAGGAGACGCUUCGUCUUCGGUGUGGUCAAAGCUGUAUGGCCCCAGUGACCAGAACUUGUUGGGAAGGCAACCUCUCACGAUCAGAAAUGUCAGGUAUAUCCCUGAUGGUGGGGUCAACCUCAUUUCGUGGUCGCAACUGAAGCAGUCUAAAAACGUAAAUCUAUAUCUGGCCGAGGAGAAUGACGGGGUCCUCGUCGUUUGGGCUAGGGGCCACCCUCAGCCUCUUAUGCGCUUUGCACUCAGAGACGGGUUGUAUUUCUUGGAGCAAGCGCCAGCCGGAGUUGAGUUCCACGCCAGCCAAGCAGUUCGAACACCUGGCGACAAC